AUGGCUGGAGCCUGCGAUGCCAUGUGGGCUCGGGCCAGGGACGUUUGCAAAAAGAACGGAUUGCUCAUUCUCUCUGUAUUGUCCGUCAUAGUAGGGUGCCUGCUGGGAUUCUUCCUGAGGACCAGGAGACUCUCCUCCCAGGAAAUUAGUUAUUUCCAGUUUCCCGGAGAGCUGCUGAUGAGGAUGCUGAAAAUGCUAAUCCUGCCACUGGUUGUGUCCAGCCUAAUGUCCGGGUUGGCAGCACUGGAUGCCAAAACGUCGAGUCGCCUGGGCAUCAUCACUGUAGCGUACUACCUGUGGACCACCUUCAUGGCGGUCAUUGUGGGCAUCGUUAUGGUCUGUGCCAUCCACCCUGGCGGGGCGGCCCAGAAGGAGAACACGGAGCAGAGCGGGAAGCCAAUCAUGAGCUCGGCGGAUGCUUUGCUGGACCUCAUCAGAAAUAUGUUUCCAGCAAACCUUGUGGAGGCCACAUUCAAACAGUACCGCACCAAGACAGUCCCCGUGGUCAAGGCCAGCCCGGUGGGCCCCCAUAGCACCACCCACAGAGUCAUCGUCUACGGGGUCCAGGAGGAGAACGGGUCCAACGUGCAGAACUUUGUCCUGGACAUCACCCCGCCUCCAGAAGUCGUGUACAGGUCGGAGCCCGGCACCAGCGACGGCAUGAACGUGCUGGGUAUAGUCAUCUUCUCGGCCACCAUGGGAAUCAUGCUUGGCAGGAUGGGAGAGAGCGGGGUCCCUCUGGUCAGCUUCUGCCAGUGUCUGAAUGAGUCAGUCAUGAAGAUUGUGGCCGUGGCUGUGUGGUACUUCCCCUUUGGGAUUGUGUUCCUCAUCGCGGGCAAGAUCCUGGAGAUGGAUGACCCCUCGGCCAUCGGGAGGAAGCUGGGUUUCUAUGCCGUCACGGUGGUGUGCGGGCUGAUGGUGCACGGCCUGCUCCUUCUGCCCACCGUCUACUUCCUCAUCACCAAGAAAAAUCCCAUCGUCUUCAUCCGGGGGAUCCUGCAGGCCCUGCUCAUUGCCCUGGCCACCUCAUCCAGCUCAGCGACGUUGCCCAUCACAUUCAAGUGUUUGCUGGAGAACAACCACAUUGACCGUCGAAUUGCCCGCUUUGUGCUGCCCGUGGGGGCCACCAUUAACAUGGACGGCACUGCCCUCUACGAAGCUGUGGCUGCCAUCUUCAUCGCGCAAGUCAACAACUACGAGCUCGACUUUGGCCAGAUCAUUACCAUCAGCAUCACAGCGACGGCGGCGAGCAUUGGAGCCGCAGGGAUCCCCCAGGCCGGACUGGUCACCAUGGUCAUCGUGCUGACCUCCGUCGGUCUGCCCACAGACGACAUCACUCUCAUCAUCGCCGUCGACUGGGCGCUGGACCGUUUCCGGACAAUGAUCAACGUACUAGGGGAUGCUCUGGCAGCGGGGAUCAUGGCUCACGUCUGUCGGAAGGACUUCACCAGGGGCGAGAAGCCCCCUAGCACCCAGGUCAUCCCCGAUAGCACCCCUCAGAGGAAUGGCUGCCUGAGGAGGGGGGUCGAAACCGCCGGAUUGCAGCUGGGAAGGGCAUUCCAGCCCCACAUCUGCGUGCGAGUGGAGCAGGAGAACGCGCUGGACGGCCCCACCCAGACCCCUGCCGACGGACACCACUGCACCAUCGAGAUCAGCGAGCUGGAGACCAACGUCUAGGGGCCCAGUGGGACCUGUCACCAAGGGAGCAGGGCCAGAACGGGCAGCUGGGUCUUCUGCCAAGAGUAGACGGCAGCCACACCAGUCGAUUGCCCUAGUGGAAGUCGUGCCCGGCUCCGGGGGCUGAUCCGCGGGCACUAAACGCCACGAAGCCCCCAGCCAGCUCCACGGGACCUGCUCUUGCAGAGAUGGCGGCCUGGAAUAAGGGAUUUUGCAUUUGACGUGACACCCUCAACUGGGGAUUGCGGGGUCGGGGGGAGCCGUGUCCCUUCCCAGUUCCAGUUGUGGACUCUGCUGGGGUCUGUACCUGUAUCCCAACCUUUGCCCACCAUGUCUGUGCCUUUGCCCCAGCUGUGGCCUAUAUUUGUGUCCCACCCACGGGCACAGCCCAUGGCCCUGGGUGGGGCAAGGGCCAGCAGAAGGCAUGGCUCCUUUGCCCAGCCUGGACAGCUGUCCACUCAUUCAUCUCUGUGAGAGCCCCUCAGGGGGUUGGAGGGGCAGGGGGCAGUGGAAUACAACUCCACGAGCCCCCUCCCCCUCCCCAUGGAAACCUGCAUCUUUACAGCAGAGCCCAGGCACCCCCAGCUCCAGCCUCCCAGCCCUGCCCCUCUCAGACCCUCCGUCCACAGGGUGGACUGGAGUGGGCACAGGAGGGCACAGUGCUGGGAGUGGUCAACCUGCAUAUCCCAACUGGAGAAUCACAGGAGUAUGAGCUGGGGGCAGGGGGCAGCAUGGGAGGUGGGGAGGGCACUGGAUCCAGGUUGGAGGGGAAGAGUUUUUGAAAUAAACCUUCCAGAAGGC